AUGGUGUGGAAGUUUAACACUCUGAUCCAGGCCCAGGCCCGUGAGCUGUCCCACCUGCGCCAGAGGAUGCGUGAGGGGCGCGGGGUGGGCCACAUCUUGACCCAGCACCUGGGUGACACCACCAAGGCCUUCGAGGAGCUGCUUCGUGCCAACGACAUAGACUACUACAUGGGCCAGAGCUUCAGAGAACAGCUGGCACAGAGCAGCGCCCUGGCACAGAGAGUCAGCACCAAGAUCAGCGGACGAGACCAUCCCGAGAUUCCUGACGACAAGACUGGCACAGAGCUGCUCGCCAUACGCCCACCAGCAAACAAGACCCAGUUGAGAGGCGUUGCCACGGCGACGACCCCCCACAACGAGGACGAGGACAACAACUGUCUCCCUGGUGUGACGGAGGAGGAGCAGGAGGAACGGGAGCAGCAGAAAGGCCAGGAUGGAGGCUCUCUAGCCCAGGGAGGAGGGCCUUUGGUGGGGAAGGCUGGCCAGGCGAGCAGUGGGCCCAGGCCAAUGGCUCCUCUGUGGAAGGCCAUGCUGUCUAAAAGCAGCCCUCUGUACAGAGACUCUCUGUUCUCCUUCUCUCUGUGGGAGAGCAGGGCCCAGGAGAGAGAACUGGCCCUGUAUAGAAAACACACUGACAGAGAGAGAAAGGCCCUGCACAGGCAGAUGGAAAAGCUGAGUAAGGAGCUCCAACAGAAGGAUAACGUGAUCGAUUCUCUCCGCGCCAAACUCACCCAGCAYCAACCUCGUUCUGACACACCAUGCAGUAGCCACGCCCUCUCUGACACCACCGACCAAUCAGACCAGAUCUCCUUUGUGUCCGAUGAGCAGGGCUCCACCAAUGAGGAUCUGGGGCCGUGCUCAGACAUUGACGCGGCCAGUGAGUAUGGCCAGACCUCUACAGUGGACCAGUGUCCAGUUCUCUCUCCCACCCAGCCCCAGUCCCAGCCCCAGUCCCAGCCCCAGUCCCAGCCCCAGUCCCAGCCCCAGUCCCAUCCCCGCUACCACUCCGACUCUCCCUCUCAGAGAGUCCCCUUGUCCUUCAACCUCCAGACUGCAACCCUGCGACCCCGUUACCAUGGAAGCAGGCCUGGGGCCUUCUCCCUGGCAGAGGUUCACCAGGAGCUGCAGAUGUUACAGAGACAGCUGGGAGAAACUGAGCGUUUUUCCGUUCCUUCAGUCAAGCCGUUUUGGUUCCCCAUGUCGGCCCACCCCCACCCACAGACAGACCCCUCCAGUUACAUGCCCCAGCCUCUGUCCUACCCACACUUCCACCCCGCUGGUCUGAAUGCUAGCCUCAAUGCUAGCCCUGCCAUGAAGGCAGGCGCCAGCCUCCUGGAGAGCAGUGCAAUGUGGGACAUGGCCUACGGUGCUCGGUCAAUGAGAGGUGGCACUGCCAAUUUGUCAUCAGGGUCGUCAGGUUACCAGUCUUGCACCAGCCUUACAGGUUCUGACCUGAUUAAAGAACACCUGAGCGAGAUCGGGAGUCUACGUCAACGCCUGGGGGAUUCCAUCCAGACCAACGACCUCCUCCGACAGCAGCUGGAGGAGGGACUGGUCAACCAAGCCAGAGGUGCUCCCACCAACAUCUACAUCCAGGGCUUGGACUCUAUCAGCCAGCUGUCCAGUGAGAUCAGAUUUCUGAAAGUGGAGAACCUCAGCCUGCAGGACCGACUCCAACAGGCCAGCAGAGACGGGAGUAAGGAGGGGGAGCAGCUGCGCGAGGCGGUGCUGUUGGGCCGUGCCCGUGUGAAGGAUGCGGAGUUAGAGACUGAGCGGUGGGCGGAACAGGGCAGGAGGCUGUACACGCAGACACAGGCUCAGACCCUGGAGAUCACUCAGCUGAAACAGGACAGGCAGAGCAACCAGGAGACCAUCAACAGGUUGCAGCACGAUGUGAAUGUCAAGCAGCAGCAGUUGUGUGAGAGCCGUGGCCUGGCCCACUCUCUACAGUAUGACCUCCAGAUAUACCACAGAGAGUGUGGCGUCCCCAAGAACACAAACACAAGUGAGGGGUCCCACUCGGGGGAGUCUGCAUCCUUUGACCCCAGGGACCUGCAUGUUCAGCUAGGGCAGCAGUUGACUUCUGGGACACGACCUCCUGGAGCCAGGAUACACGACCCUGCUCUCUCUACCCCUGUCCGAGACACUGGACUCUUCAGCCCUGCUUCCCCUCUCUCCCUCACACUGGAACCCCGGAAGGUUGACUUUUCUCUUGAGGGCCAGGCUCCAGACGGACCCUUCGCAAACCGUAAUGGCCACCAUGUUGUGGGCCACGUGGAUGACUUCAGCGCCCUGCAGCAGAAGAUCCUGGAGGGGCGUGUCCUCAUUGGAAAGAUGGAGGCUGCCCUCCGGGCCACCGCCAACCACGCCCUGCUGGAGCUCAGCCUGGACAAGGAGAACGAGCAGAGAAUGUCCUCSCUUGGCCUCACUUCUUUCCCCUCCUCCUCCUCCUCUUCCUCCCAUCCCUGGGUUGGUAAAGGUGAAAACCCAAGAGGCUUCUGUGAGCUCACCCAGUCUGCUGGUGGGGGUAUCGUGAAACCCCAGAUCCAGGCUCCAUAAUCCAGGACCCCUACAGUCCUGUGGCCUAAUACCCAGGGUCUGACCCAUGUGGUUGACGUACCGCGUUCCCUACAGGCAGCUUCUUUGUGAUGCACCAGCUCCAACUUCCGCCUAAUACUGGGAGACAGGAUACUUCCUGUUGAAACACGGGACAUAAUCUCAGGUUUCUGGUUAAAUAAGGAGAACACUUUAGUUGAGGGGAGACUGUCUGAUAGUCAGUAGGGGUUCAGCCAGGUGCUCUUUGUGAUGCUCUUUUAUGCCAAGCGGAACAGUGAUUAAUGAAUGUUGACGACUGUCUUAUGUCAGGUGUUAUGUAUAGCUCAUGUAGGUGUUACGAAGGUACCUCAACUGAAGUGUUUCCCCUAUUUUACCUGAGACAUAUAUUAUGUUUUGAGCUCUAUAUGAAACCUCUUCAAGGAUCCUAUGACAAUCAACCUUGAACAAGCCAGGAAUAGAGGCUUUUAAAAAGCCAAACUAGACUAAAGUGCUUCCUUUUUGCUUCUAACAAGGCAAGUUUGUAAGUGUGUGUAUGUGUAAAGUAGUUGCAUGUUGUUUGAGGGGYAAAAAAGCCAUAUUUAUAGAUGUUAGAUACCCUGUUUCGUACGAUACUUCUUCUGCCAUUGAAAUGGUCUGUUACUGAUGUCACAAGAUGUAAACACUAUUCAGAUUUUAAAGAUCCUAUGGAUGGGUUGACCCUAGAACUGUCUUCCUGCUGAACUGCUCGAACCUGUAACCAUACUAAAGAUGUAAAGAUUGUUCCCAGCUUUAAAUCUAGUCUCUCGACCUAAGUCCUUAAAGCAGGCGGCAUACUGCUGCCAGCUGCAAUACAUUCAACUAUGACCUGCUGAUGUAUUCCAAUGACCUAUUUAAGAAAGUGACAGGAGCAUUUGGUGCUUGGUCCAAAAUAAGUUGUAAUUUUUAAAAUGUUUGAUUUUAAACAMAAAUGCCUCGGAGGCGAAUGGACCACACAAUGUUUUUUUCUCCAAAUUUGUAAAGUUGUUUUAAUUUGGGCUAACAUUUAAACCCUUCUAAGACAAAAAAAAUGUCAAUAUUAUUUUGAUUUGAUUUUUUUUAUUCUGUUAUGGUAACCAUAGAUGUUAUUUUCUAUUAACAAAAUCUGUGACAAUCAUCAGCAGGAUAUGUGAAAACUUGGUUUCUUACACUGAGAUAUGCAAAGCUGUAUCUGUAUAAGAUGUACUGUAUGUACAUAAUGGCAGGGGCGUACAUUAAAACAGCUUUUUUUGUGUCAGGAAGAGAAGGUCAGGGGCUGAAAUAAUUUUUUAUGCAUGUGUAAUAUAUCAAAUCCAAUUUUAUUUGUCGAAUACCGUGAAAUGCUUACUUACAAGCCCUUGUUGUUUUAGGGAGAAGCUUUUCAAUAAAACGGGACUAAAAUAUGAA